CCAUUCUAAACACCUCCUCUCCCCUCUCUCUCUCUCUCUCUCUCUCUCUCUCUCUCUACUCCGCUGAGUGAUGAUUCAUUUCUAAACCCUAAAUCUCUUUGUUUCCAUUUCUGGGUCAAGUUUUUAAGCAAUUGAUCAAAUGGGUUUUUUUUCAUAUCCAUUUUUCUGAAAUAGCGUACUCUUAGAAAAAGAAAAAUAUCUGAUCACAUUCUGCAAAUUCUGCAUUUUUUUUUUCUUUGGUGUGUGCAGAACAAGAGAAUCUCUUCGAUUCCUUGUGUUUUUCUUUCACCUUUGCUCUCAAAAUAUCAGCUUUUGAAGCUUAAGUGUUGCAAAUUGUUGAGGGUUUUUGUGGGGUGGCUUUGAUUUCCAUGGCUGCGGUUGCCGAGAUUCCCGCUGAUGCCAACAAAUUGGACUCUAAACCAAAGGCAGAAUCUGAAUUCAGUGUUCAGAAGCUGGUUGACAUGUUCACAAAGUUGAACCCUUUGGCCAAGGAGUUUUUCCCUUCAUCAUAUUCUCACAAUCAUGAUCAUCACCAUCAGGGCUUUAAUCCCCUCUCACCCACCAAUUUUCUGGUCAACACUAAGCCCUCAGUUGAUGAGAAUUACCCUAACAAUCGAAGGAGAAGAAAUAGUUUUAACCAAGGGAGGAGAAGGUUGAGUGGAAGAUCACUAAAGGCUCAGAGGGAAGAUAGUAUUAGAAGAACCGUAUAUGUUUCUGAUAUUGAUCAACAUGUUACUGAGGAGCGGCUUGCGGCCUUAUUCAGCAGUUGUGGACAAGUAAUUGAUUGCCGAAUUUGUGGCGAUCCACAUUCAGUUCUCCGUUUUGCUUUUGUUGAGUUUUCAGAUGAGCAUGGUGCAAGGACAGCUUUAAACCUUGGUGGUACUGUGCUUGGAUACUAUCCAGUCAGGGUUCUUCCAUCAAAAACUGCCAUCCUUCCUGUGAAUCCUACAUUCCUCCCUAGGUCGGAUGAUGAGCGUGAAAUGUGUACCAGGACUGUCUACUGUACAAAUAUUGAUAAAAAGGUUUCUCAAGCUGAAGUGAAGAAUUUUUUUGAAUCAGCUUGUGGUGAGGUUACACGCCUGAGGCUUUUGGGGGACCAUGUGCAUUCAACUCGUAUUGCUUUUGUGGAAUUUGCAUUGGCAGAAAGUGCCAUUAUUGCACUAAAUUGUAGCGGUAUGCUCUUGGGAACCCAGCCUAUCAGGGUAAGUCCUUCAAAGACUCCAGUGAGGCCAAGGGUCACUCGACCAGCAUCACAUUAACUGAUCAACAUGGUCCCAAGAAUUGAGCGGAUAUUUGGUCAACUUUCCAGUUGAGAUUUGUGUAGCAGGGGUGGUGAAACUUCCCUUUGUUUCGUAUUUCCUUCUUUUUCUGUCACAGCAUUUACUUUUUGUUGCCAGAGCUUAUAAGUGUUCUGCUCUUAAACUUUCUAGCAACCAGUCUUGAUCUUAACAUAUUUUACAUAUCUACGUUGAAAUGGUCUAGUUUCAGUUUCUUUAUUAUGUGCUGUGAGAAUUAAUCAGAACUUUAAUGGCUUAAUUGCAUUUUCAGGCCCUUUAGUUUGAACUAUAUGC